CAGUCAUGGUGACCGGGAGGAGAGGAGGGAGGCAUGCAGCAGCCACUCAGUCAGUCAUUUAGUCAAUUGUUUUCCCUCUAGCUCACUAGCGUGUUGUACCACUCCAAGGAUUUUAUUUUUACUACACUUAUUCUGUAAGACGCAGCUCUGUAAGAAAAACAUCUUUUUCUUGUUUUUGAAGACACUCAAAAUCUUGAUUCACUUGAAAAGGAGAUUCCUAUAAUUCAGUGCUUUUGUGUGAUGUUCUGAUCCUGUUUAUAAUCCCACAUUGGCUGCUGGUGUGUGCUGGUGUGGCUGCCAGAUUGUGGAGAAGGGAGCUUUGUAGGAAAUUCAAAACAGGGGGGAGGAACCUCACAAGAUGGUUUGACUUGGAAGAGAGAGAGCGAUCAUCUGUUGUGGAGCGGCAUCUUCUCUGUUGCAAGGAGAGACAAGUCUUUGGUUUUCAGGAAGAAAAAAAGGGAUGUGAGACAGUUGAAGGUUUUAUAUCCCAUUCUUGGACAAAUUUUCUUUAAGAAGGAGGAAGAAGUAUUUUGCUUUGGGAAAGAAUCUUUAAGUUUUUGCUUCAGUUCAGUUUUACAACAUGGCUGGGAUGUAUGGAUGCUUCAAGAGCAGGAACAGUGACAGCGCUGCCAUGGCAUCAGGACCUCCAGAUGUGAUGACCAAUCAAGAGCCUGCUGAGGUCGUGGAAGAGUGCUCAGGAAAGAAGAAAUCCAAGUUCCAGACGUUUAAAAAAUUCUUCGCCAGGAAGAAGAGAAAGGAGCCGCCAGCCGCAGGAGCAGACGCAGGGCUUAAAGCCAGCCAAUCAAGCGACAAUGUCAGCAAAACAUCCGAAAAUAACACGCUCACUCGAUCGGAGAAGGAAAAGGGCUCUGGGUCAAAGAUCAGCCUGGGCAGCAAGGCCUUGUCACAUGACUCUGUCUUUGUUUCGGACUCAUCGGAGGCCAACGAGGCUCUGGGGGCAUCUCAGGACAGCAUUCAUGGGAAAGUGAAAUCACUACAGCUCCAGCUGAAGCACGCCAUCGGACUGGGCUCGCCUCCAUCCCUCAUCUGUGUGAAGAGAACAGAAGAUGCUGGAACCAUGUCCGAGGAUGACGGCCUGCCCUGCAGUCCACCUGAAUACACAACACUCCACACAGCCAUGAAUCAGGCGAAGAGGAACAGCUCGAUCAGUCUGGAGAGAGUAGACAGCGAUGACGACCAGCUGUCCUGUGCUGCCUCCAGUAGAGCAGUGAGCCCCCUGGUGGUUCCCGGGGACUUCAGCCAGCCGGCCAGUCCCUUCGGAUGUCUGGAUAACUCUGCUGCCAAACAUAAGCUGGGCCUGAGAUACAAAGCCCACAACAAGAGGAAACCUGUCACUAGGCUGGAGAUGAAGGCAGGAGGAGACUCUGUGCUGGAGGACCUACAGAACACCUCCAUAACUGAAGCUUUGGAGGAGCGAGAACAGAAGACAACAGGAGUUGUAAGUGCCGAUGAGCUAAAACCAGAGGUGGAGAAGGAAGAAGGCGAUGAGGAGGAGGAGGAAGAGGAGGAGCGACCACAGAAUUCCAGGCGAUCCCUGUUGAGAGAUAAGGAGGAGGGAGAGGAUGAGUCGGAAGCAGAACAGGAUGUUUCUCGCAGUCUGGACAUUUCCUCUCCUCUCGAGCUGUGUCUCUCAGAGGAGGAAGCUCCGGACACCGAGCGCCCUCCCUCCUCCAAGCCCAGCUCAAGCGCCUCCUCUCUGGACAGUCCCAGAGCCACGCCAGAGCCCCCUGCUGAUCCGAGAGAGUACUUGCUGGACGCCCCAGGCAUUGCGUACGGAGCCGUGGAGAACAGGGUUGACAGUGACUUGGUGCUGAGAGGGGAAGAAGAUGGAGUCCAGGAAGACAGGGGAGAGGAGAGCUCCUUCUUACAGGAGGUGCUGAGCUCCUUGAAGAACCCCCUUGCAUCUUGCUCACUGGGCGUGGAGACCGAGGGUGUCGUCCUGGAGAUAGAGGAGGAGGUGAAGGAAGAGGAAAGAGAAGACGUAGAGGUAGAAGAAGGCGAGGAGGUGAAGGAAGAGGAGGCAGAGGUGGAACAGCCUGUCGGUUAUCAGGCUGCUCCUGUUGGCUCCUUCCUGUCAGAUCAGACCAACGAGGAAGAGGAAGCCAGCACUGCCUCUUGUCAAGAUGUUGAAGAAGAGGAGGAAGUUGAAGAUACAGAAGAAGAAGCAGUAAAGGCUGAGGAGGAGGAGGAGGAGGAGGAGGAGGAAGAAGAACUAGUGGUGGAACUAUUCAGUCAUGGUCCCAACAAGGAAGGAGAGAAAAAGGAGGCAGAGGAAGUCACACCAGAGGAACAAAAUGAUAUGCUCACAGGAAACACUGUCAACCACGCAGAGGAAGAGGAAGGAGAAGAGGAAGAAGAAGGAGAAGAGAGUGAGGGAGAGGAAGAGGCGAUAGAGCUGGAGAAGGAGCCAGAGGUGGAGGAGGAGGGACGGGAGAAGAGGGAAGAGGAAGAUGAAGAGGUGAAGGAAGCAAGAGAGACAGUAGAAGAGGCAGAGGAAGCGAUAGAAGACGAGAGGGACGACGCAGAAGAGGUGAUGGAGGUGCUUCCUGGUGCGUCAGAUGAAGACGUUAAAAUGGCGCUGCAGGGGGCGGAUGAGGGCGUGGACGUGGUCGGAGACGACCACGUUUACACCCCUCAACACCCGAGUGACGACGAAAGCUUUGGAGAGGAGAGGGAAGAUGAAGAAGAGAGAGUGGAGGAAGGCGUAGAGAUCAACCACAUGGAACAAAAAUCUGACCAAGAGAAAGAAGAGGAUGAAGAAAACCAACCUGAUGAAGAUCAACCUGAACAAGAUCUGGAGCAGGAAGGUGUAGAAAAAUCCCAUCUAGACGUAAAGCAAGUGGAAAAAGAUCAAACUGAAGCUGCAGAACAAGCUGAUGUUUCCUCCAAGCCUUCUUCUUUGUCUCUUCCGGAUUUCCAUUAUGAGACCCAGUCACCAGAGAGUGGAACCAUCACUCCCAGUAAGACCAGCACUACCACUCUCCACAUAAAUCUGAUCUCUCCAAGCUCAGAGAAAGUCACGUCUUUCUUCCCACAGUCUCCAACUGCUGCAUGUCCCAAAGAAAGCGAGACGCCUUCUCAUGCUGUGGCAGCCACAGAGCAACAUGUGGCAUCCACAGAAGAAGAACCAGCUGACACGGUGGAAACCAUAGAAGAAGAUAAACAGUUGGCCGUAGAAGAAGCUACAUCUCCCGCGUCUGUGGAGGAAACAGUCGGUUCAGAUCAGAGCAAAGUCCGCUUCACCGUCGCCCCUGCCUGGCAGAGGUCACACUCUGUAGAAGAUGCCAAAGAGAGUUCUCCCUCCUCUCCGCCCGCCUGCGUCUCCUCUCCGUCGUCCGCCAUCGCAGGGCCUGGAGAUCUGGAGAUGGAGGCUAAAAAGGACCCAGAAGUGAAAGAAGAGCCAGCGAGUCCGGCUAAGGUUGAACUGGUGUUGAGUCCUGGGAGAGGGAGGAAUGCAGGGACCACUGCUGCCAAACCACAAAGCAUCACAACGCCGCCUCAGUCCCCAAUGAAACAUCAGAGCUCAGAAGAAAUCUCUGUCGUAGCGGAGGGAAACCCCGACAACCCGUUUGGAGUUCGGCUGAGGAAGACGUCAGUUCUGCACCGCUUCAGCUCAGAGGAGGAAAACACAGAGCCUCCCAUCGAGCCACCAGCUCAGCCAACCAGCUGUAAAGUUGACUCACCGCAGCCAGUCGGUGUAAAGCCCUCCAUAAGUCAGCCAGUCAGCAACAAGCCAGCCCUCCCCAAGAAACCAGAGCGCAUCUCAGACCCAGCUGCAGCUCGUGGUGUUUCUGGUGGAUCUGAGUCUCCCAGCUGGAUCUCUGUGGCCAAACAGAAACAGAAGAUCUAUAAAGAAAACUCACUGGAGGAGAUUACUGUCAAGAAGGAGGAACAAGAGAGGAAGACUUCACUGCCAAUGUACGUCAACUCAGCUGUAAGCAGGGAGCACAGCAACAAAACAGAGUCUACUGGCAAAGUGAGUCCAGAGAUCAGUAAGUCUUCAGUGUCUAUAGAAAAGGAGGCCAGGAGGCUUGUCUCUCCUCCAACUCCAGUGCCAUCUCAACCUCCUAAAUCCCAGUCGCUCCCCUGCCCUGUCCCUCCAAAACCCCAGGUUCCUCCUGUCACUGCGAAACCCCCGCCCCAAAGAUCCCUGUCACCCCCCACUCCGGUUCCUGUCGCCCAGAAACCUGCGUCUUGCACAAGCCCACCUUCUCUCUCCAAAACGGCCACCUCACCCAAGACACCCCAGCCCCAGAGCACAACAGUUACCUCCCCUCCUUUUUCAUCGAGAACCGCCCCGGAAAAGUCUGGUUCAAGAGCUCCAGGGCUUUCCAGCCAGACCCCGUCCUCCCAGCGAGGCCUGCCUACCCCAGCGUUACCCCAGGACGAGCCACCCUGGAUGGCCCUGGCCAAGAAGAAGGCCAAAGCUUGGAGCGAGAUGCCCCAGAUUGUCCAGUGACGGGCGCAAGUUGCAGUGAGGUCUAGUACGUGGGCCCCAGCUGGCUCAGAAAAGAUCUGAAAGCGGCUUCAAGUGAGCGUCUGGAUGGACCACAAUGCAUUUGCACACAAAGAGUUGCUGUUUUCUCCUGUUUUAUUAUUAUUUUUUUACUUCCUGGUUUCUGUCCUGGCUUAAGGCUUCGGAUUGGUACAAACCCUCCAAUCACAGCUAAAGACAGGCUCUUUCUUUAUGCCCUUAUGUUGUACAUUCAUGUUUUCUAAAUGACAGGGUAGGACCCCAAAAGUUAACGCGUCUUACUUGAAGUGGAUCCAUUUUUUUUUUUCAACAGUCUUAGUGUGUUAUAAGGUGCCUGAAUGAGAGAAAAUACCUGUAGUCUCACAACAGUAAAUAUACAUUUUUGUCUAUGGUUCCAUUUGAUUUCACUAAACAUUUCAGGGAGGAGAAGAAGGAGACAUUAUUUUAUAAAGAUUUAUUCACAGAAAGUUGGUUACAAAUGAGGAUAAAAAGUAAAUAUUUCUGUCUGUGUGUGUGUGUGGUGUGUUGUGUUGGUGUGUGUGUGUGUGUGUGUGUGUGUUAAGGCUCGCAUUUUGAGAAAGUGGAAAAUAUUGUGACCAGAGAGUAAAACAGGAUAACAUCCAAGUUAAGCUGGAGAAAAAUGUGCUGAACUAACUGCAGCUUGGUCAAAUGUGCUGAUCCACAACUGCUGUCUGUGUGUCGGGUUCUUUAGACAAAUAAUAUUUCUUGUAACAUAAUCCGCAGACGUUAAACUAAUGAUGUGUUUUGUGUUAGAGAGCGCUGAGUGUGUCCAAUAUGUUCCAGGUUUGUCGAUGUAAAUUAUAUUUUUAAUUCUUCUUGAUAUUUUGAACUACAUUUGUCAGCAUCCUACAAGACA